UCCGUCCCCUUUUGCAGAAUCCGAUGACCUCCGAAGGGACCCUGCACUCAGCCAUCAAAGUGCUCCUGCCCCGCAGGAUGCUCGUAAUUCAGUGGUAGAUGCAGGUGGAGUUGAGAGCAUUGCCCAGUGUCCCCAGGAGCUUCCUCAGAUGAUGGCUGCAGCAGCCGAUGGUUUGGGGAGUAUAGCAAUAGACACAACUCAGCUCAACAUGUCCGUGACGGAUCCGACAGCCUGGGCCACAGCCAUGAAUAACUUGGGCAUGGUUCCCGUGGGGUUGCCUGGACAGCAGCUCGUGUCUGACUCAAUCUGCGUCCCAGGCUUUGAUCCAAGCCUCAACAUGAUGACUGGAAUCACCCCCAUUAAUCCAAUGAUACCAGGCCUGGGGCUGGUACCACCCCCUCCACCAACAGAAGUGGCUGUCGUCAAAGAAAUAAUCCACUGCAAAAGUUGUACUCUUUUUCCUCAAAAUCCAAAUCUUCCACCUCCUUCCACAAGAGAACGACCUCCUGGGUGUAAGACUGUGUUUGUUGGAGGAUUACCAGAAAAUGCUACUGAGGAAAUUAUUCAAGAAGUCUUUGAGCAGUGCGGGGAUAUUACAGCAAUUCGGAAAAGCAAGAAGAAUUUUUGUCACAUUCGCUUUGCGGAGGAAUUCAUGGUUGAUAAAGCCAUUUACCUUUCUGGUUACCGGAUGCGGUUAGGGUCUAGCACAGACAAAAAGGAUUCAGGCCGCCUUCACGUGGACUUUGCCCAGGCCAGGGACGACUUCUAUGAGUGGGAAUGCAGGCAGAGGAUGCGUGCCCGCGAGGAGCGGCACCGGCGCAAGCUGGAGGAGGACCGGCUGCGGCCACCCUCGCCGCCGGCCAUCAUGCACUACUCGGAGCACGAGGCCGCGCUGCUGGCUGACAAGCUGAAAGAUGAUAGCAAGUUUUCGGAGGCUAUCACAGUGCUGCUUUCCUGGAUUGAACGAGGGGAAGUGAACCGGCGUUCUGCAAACCAGUUCUAUUCCAUGGUGCAGUCGGCCAACAGCCACGUCCGCCGGCUGAUGAAUGAGAAAGCCACCCAUGAGCAGGAGAUGGAGGAAGCCAAGGAGAAUUUUAAAAAUGCCUUAACUGGGAUCCUCACUCAAUUUGAGCAGAUUGUGGCCGUUUUCAACGCUUCUACCAGACAAAAAGCUUGGGACCAUUUCUCGAAAGCUCAGCGCAAGAACAUAGACAUUUGGCGAAAGCAUUCUGAGGAGCUCCGGAAUGCUCAAAGUGAGCAGCUCAUGGGUAUCCGCCGCGAAGAAGAAAUGGAAAUGUCUGAUGAUGAGACCUGUGACAGCCCUACUAAAAAGAUGAGAGUCGAUGAAUCAGCCCUGGCUGCCCAGGCAUAUGCUCUGAAAGAGGAGAAUGACAGCCUCCGUUGGCAGCUGGAUGCCUACAGGAAUGAGGUGGAGCUGCUGAAACAAGAAAAAGAACAGCUUUUUCGAACAGAAGAAAACCUCACCAAGGACCAGCAGCUACAGUUCCUGCAGCAGACCAUGCAAGGCAUGCAGCAGAGAAGUCUGAUGUGUGCAAGUCAACAUCAAAAUAAUAAUAAUGGCUGCAGGAGUGGUACCAGGGGUGGUGAUGAUGGUGGCCGUGGUGGGGAUGGUGGCCGAGGCUCUGUCGAUGACUCUGAUAAAGAUGGCUGCAGUAGUCAAGCUGACCAUAGUAGUGAUGUUGGCUGUGGUGGUGAUGGUGGUACUUUUGGAGAUAAGAAGAUUUUAGGCAAAGACAGAUUAAAAGCUAUCACCUGA